UAUGUCAAUGCCAUGCACGAUCGGGUCACGGUUAUCUUUAGUACUAUGUUCAAGGAUCCGGACGAUAUGCUGAUCGGCAAAGUCUUCAUGCAGGAAUUCACUGAAUCUCAGCGGCGUUUGGAUCGUGCUCCACAAGUGCUCUACUCCCAUCGGGUACCACCGGCUGAAUUCCAGGGCACCGGAGCUGCCGUGAACGAUUCUUUGGCUUACGUGACUUUUGUUUUGUAUCCUCGUCACGUGGCUCCUGGCUCUAAUCGUGAAAAAACGAUCAAUCUAAUUCACACAUUGCGCAAUUAUUUGCACUAUCAUAUCAAAUGCUCCAAGGCCUAUUUGCAUAUGCGGAUGCGUGCAAAAACGGCGGAAUUUCUCAAGGUGCUCAAUCGGGCGCACUUGGACACGUCUGUCACUCCGCUCAUUACAAUUGCGCCCACUGGUGAAACACCUUCGAUUUCGGAUGGCUCCAAAGAAGAAACGGGUGUAAGGUGA